AGUUGGAGGUGUGCAGAGAUGGCUCCUAGUGUGGAAGGCGGAGAGGGAAGCCUCGGCCGGGGGGUCCGUAAGGGCAUCCGGGCUGUGCUGUUGGGGCCGCCCGGGGCCAGGAAGGGAACCCAGGCUCCCCGGCUAGCCGAAACAUACUGCGUUUGUCACUUGGCGACAGGGGACAUGCUGAGGGCCAUGGUAGCCUCUGGUUCAGAGCUGGGGAAGAGGCUGAAGGAGACGAUGGAUGCUGGCAAGCUGGUGAGCGAUGAGAUGGUGGUGGAGCUGAUUGAAAAAAACCUGGAAACUCCUCCCUGCAGAAAUGGCUUCCUUUUGGAUGGCUUUCCCCGCACAGUGCGGCAAGCAGAAAUGUUGAUGCUGUUCUUUUGA